AUGCAAUUCAUGAGUCAAUCACUCGGCUGGGCUGAUAAUAUUACCUUAGCUAUGGUGCCUCUCGGAAUUAUCACUAUCAUAAUCAGCGCUAUCAGAGUCGGAGGACCCGGUUUCCUCAAGGCCCUUAUUGGCAGAGCUAGAGAGAAUCUUGCUGUGGCUGAGCAAGAGCUAAUGUCAUCUACGUCGACAGAGGUCUGUGAGCUCUGGAAUGGUCAUGAGGUAGUGAGAUGUAUGGGCUCGGCUCCAAUUGCAGAGUUCAUUUGCUUGCUGCCGGAGUCUGGGGUCAAUAAAGAGACAAAGGUGACGGCGAUGCCAUUCGAGGAGGUCAAGAAUAACUACUUUCGAAAAAGCAAGCCUCGAGCAAUGUUUUUUCGCAAUCUAGUGUCGUUGAACUACUCAUCUCAAACGCAACAAGACCAUGUGGAAUCACCAAACCCAGUAAAUCCAUCGACGACGGGCAUGAUUAUCACACGAAACCCACGGAAGAGCUCGCCGAAUAUUACCCUCAAUUCUCACAAUAUCACAAGCAGAGCUGAACUACGCACGGCAGCAAUAUGGGGGAUUCUGCUCCAGCUGGGACUCGUCGCUUACGCCGGAUGUUCUGUGUACCACCCAGCAUUGGGUUUUCUAAAGGACGGAAACCCAGUCGCCCGGUAUGCAUUUCCGUGCCAUUGGGUAGGAACACUUCUACUGGUUGUCGGCCUCCUUCUUUGCGCCCACGUUGUGGAGAGUAGCACUGUCGAAGAGAGUUUUCGACCCUCGAAAGAUUUGAUGGCGCAAAUGGUCUGGCUACAACAAACCAAAACAGUCAGUGACCAGGUUUUCGACUCGUUCGCAGUCUAUUCAAAAUCCAAACGGCCUUUCAUAACAACGUCGGAACGCGAGCGUGAAGUAAGAAAUCCCUCAGGACCUUCAUUGAAGCAGGAAGAAGUGCCAGGGUCUGCUCUCAUGAAUGAAUCGCCCGAAGUAUCCUUAGAGCUAAAAACGACAAUUGGAAUGGCCAUCAGUCUAUGUGGAUAUAUUGUGCAGUUCUUCGGCCUGCGUGGGUUACACUGGUCAGUAUCGAUUGCACAACUCGGCGCCAUCCUCCUGAUGACCGGAGUAAGAUCCUGGGUUCGGCGGAGUCUUGCAAAUCCUCCAACAUCUUUUCGGACUCGAUCAGGUUUCGAACUUGAUUGGUUUGCAACGACAUUCGCAGAUAUUCCGAACAGCCCGUGGAUACCUGAAGCUAAGUGCAAGGCCAAACCAUGGAAGAUUGGGUGUUUGAAAGCACACGUUGAACAAUUUGAGGAAGGUAAUCAAAAGAGAGAUUCGAAUUCGUCAAUUGCGCAUCGUGUUGUCAUGAUCAGGAAAGAUAUAGCGCAGUUGGCCAACUGGCAGGGGCCGGCGUCCAUGGAAGCUGUUUCUCUUGCACGAUCCAUUGAGGCUACGAUGGAUCUUCUGUUCCGCGACUCAGAGCAGGUUGACUACACCUGGUCACUCGCGAGCCAGAGAGGAGAACCCGGAGAAAAUCUCGAAGAACAGCUCAUCUAUUUUCGUUUGAACCGAUUAGAAGGGAAGUGGAAUGCUCAUGCAGAUGAGCUUGAAGCAGCCUUGUCGAUGUGGCUUUACUCCAUUGAUGACAUUGAGAAGAACGAAGAGACAAACCACCAGGACACAGUGGGAGACAACAAAGACGACAAGUGGCUGCGCGUCAAAGGAUCGCCUUCGAGACCUGGUUUGCGCCUUCUAGGCUCAUAUACGGAGAGUUUGCAUCGAGAUCUCUCGUGGUGGAUGCCCAGCGAGACAACCAGAAUUAUAAGGUUGUCCAGGUUGACAAAUCUCCCAGAAGAUGGUGUUACAAAUGAUGAAUUGUGCAAGGAAAACCACAGAGUCGUUGGAUCUGGUGGGUCUGAGAUAGGCCGUUGGCGAUAUGGAACAGCAGAACUGUCCGAGUUCACGAUCGAAAUAAAGCACCCUGAAGAAUAUGAGCGUAAAAGCUACAAAAGCGGAAGCGGAAGCAAAAGCGAGGAGGGAGUACCGGAGACUCCCCCAACGACAGAGGGUGAUGGCUCCAACCAUGACUUCUUGGCCGCUGAGUUCCUCGGUCCCUUGAAGUUACUGUAUGCACAGGACAUGUUCUCGAGCUUUUUCAGGACUGCAGCAAUGUCACUUAAAGAGCCGCUUGAAGGUUCUGUGGAUACACGAAAAAAACAUGAAGCGACGGCCCAUACAAGCUGGAAGUCUUUCGUCCUCCACAAUAGCCAGCUCUCGCAGCUGGCCAGAGAUAUUGAAAGCACCGGACUCGGUAGCCUCAGUGACGCUCACCUUAGCAUGAUACCCGCGCUUAGCUUUGAAAAAAAGCUUCCCGGGGCUUCUAUCAUCAUCGACUUAGCAAGAGAGAAGGCUAGAAUUCACGAGAGGCUGCAGGACUGGCAGCAGGCAGGAGAGAUAUACUUGUGGCUGUUCCGUGUCGCCAGGACAUUCCCGCUCGAGAACGAAUUAUCCACUCUAGCAACAGUCAUAGUUGUGGAUUUCUUGAGGCAAGUCAGUUUGGCCCUGGAUUUGGCCCUACAACAAAUACAGACAUACGACGCUGAGCCACUUCACGAGCUCUGGGAGGUCAAUGAUUUGAGGCGAAAACUUCAGCAUGAGCUUCUCUCCAACUUCGAUAUGGGAGUCGAGCCGACUGUGUCCGCCCUUGUCCGAAUGUAUGAGAAUCAGAGGCGCCCGUGGGGGCUGAACCUCCUGAAGGACCCUGUAUCUUGCAGUGAAAGCGAGAGCGGUUGCAACGAAACUAGUAAUAGCGGGAGUGAGGACGGUUCCAGCAAAACCAGCAAUAGCUGUCAGGAAAAGUUGAAUUACACAGACUUGCACGAAGCAGCCCGGAUCCAUAGCCAAAGACGCGUUGAAAAAUUAAUGCGUCUUGCGAAAGAUAUCAAUGCAAAAGAUGUUCUCGGUUGGACCCCUCUGCAUUACGGGGUACGUCGACACGAUAUCGUUACGACCUUGAUGAGAUCGCCUCGGAUAGAUAUCAACGCCCGAGACUUGGUUGAAUGGACACCAUUGCACUAUGCCUGCAAAACUCAAGAAAAGCCCGACGACGAGAUUGAUUAUGAGGCUGCAAGACUUCACGGCACUGUCGGGAGCAUGCCCUACAACACUAUAUUGAGGCUAUCAGGAGGAGGAGCAGACAUCAACGCGCAAGGCAGAGAUGGAGUCGCACCGAUACACUGUGCUGCAAUCACAGGUUUUGUGGAAGGAGUCAAGUUGUUGACAGAGGCGGGCGCAGAAAUCAACGUCCUUGACGGCUCAGGGAAAACAGCCCUUCACUGGGCCGUAUUCUAUGGGAGACAAGCCACGGUUGAAUAUCUGUGGAAAAUUGCGAACAGAACAUUGCGAGAUAGAAAAGGGAGAACGGCUUUGCACCUAGCCGUGAUUUCGGGAAACUGGGAGAUAGCAACAUGGCUUGCUGAUAAUGAUGCUGAAAUCGUGGCCGGGGACCGGAACAGGAGUAUACCUUUGCAUCAAGCUGCUUGGGAUGGGAAACUCGAUCUCAUACAAUUGAUGUACAAGAAGAGUCCCGCUGCUGUUAACACGCCAGACGGAUACGGUUGUACACCACUGCGUUGCGCGGUCAACAAUGGGCAAGAAGUAGUCGUUCGAUGGCUCCUCGAACAGACUGAGGCCGGAAUAAACCCCACGUCAGGAGGAUACUUGCUCCUAUAUUCGGCUAUUAGAUAG